AUGCUUCGCGACGUGCCAUACCUACCACUUUUGGUGACGCUUCCCGUCUUAAUGGCCGAUGGCCUCAUUGAAGUGGGAUUCGUGGGGUCAAUGGUUGGAUUUCUUCACGACCGAGCUGGAAAAUUCUUCACCAUUAAUGCACCCGACGGAGCAUUCGAUCUUCACGGCAAGCCCAAAGGACUGUUGGUGGACCAAGGCCACACGAGCAAUGGUGCUGCAGGAACCGCGGUCGUGUUAGUGGGUAUCUUAGGAUUUCUCACCAUUUGGUAUGAGCAACGAAGAACUAGAAAGACCAAUGCAACCGGUCAUUCUGCUCUAUUCAUCUUCUGGGUCGUCAUGACCAUUCUGUCCGCCAUGCUCACACUCGCUGCUCUGAUCUACACGUUCGUCCUCACGGCGCAAACAGAUGACCAAUCAAUCAACCUCACCGUUGCCGCCGCAAACCCGGAACCACUCAUGUAUCCGGACGACGAAUGGACGCCAGAAAACUGGUUUGUUGCCGUCCUAGCUCUUCCAUUGGCUCAUGACAGUGAUCGACGCGACAUCCGCAACCACCUGCGACUGAUGAGAGGCUGGCGAUGGAAUUUGAUCCCCUUAUUCAUCAUCGGAGUUGCCGUCGCCAUUCUCGCCGUGUGGGAGUUGAUCCGCGGACGAAGAUGGACGGCAGGCGAUUCCAGAGAGAAGUUCCGACAUUCGAGACAGAGCCAAAAUUACUAA